UUAAAGUACUUAAGUAAUGAAGUAGGCAAUAUAUAUAUAUAGAUUUAGGAUCAAAUGAGAAGAGGUCUUAAAAUGAGAAAGGUAAGAAAUAAUCUAAAGCAUUCAUUUUUUUGAUCAACGGACAGAUUUAAUUUGUUUAAGUUGAUAGUUGCACGCGGUUUUUUCAUGUAAUAUGAACCAGUUUUUUAUUGAUUAACCGGUUCAAUAUAUAAAGAAUCUUUUUUUUUCUCUCUCCGGCUUUACUUUCUCGACAUUUUCCUCCCGUUCCAUCUUCAAGAAUUUUCGUUUGAAUCUGCAUCUUCCUCCCGUUCUUCAACACUUAAAAUUUUCGUUUGAAUCUCGACAUUUUCAUUGUUCUUCAAUCGUUCUUCGAAUUUAUUUCAGGUAUUUCUUCAAUAAAACUCAACAAUGUCGACAUUUUUGCUUGUUUUGUGUUGUUGUUUCAGUUCUUGAAUUAGUAUAUAAAACUCAACCGUUCUUGAUUUAAGGGUUUAUUUUCUUCGAUUUUUGGUGUUUAUUUGAAUAUUACUCUAGUAUUUGAUAUUUAGGGUUAAAAUCUGUUGAUCUUCAUUCUGCGAUUUUCUCUUGUUCUGCGAUUUUACAUUUUCAUUCGAUUUUUAGGGUUUUGAUUUUUAUUCUCGACAUUUUGAUUUUUAUUCUGGUAUUUGAGUAUUAUUCUGGUAUUUGAUUUUUUAGGGUUUUUCAUUUGGUUUAAUUAUGUGAUUUAAAAUCUUUUAUGAUGAUGACUUCAACUUCGAUUAUCACACUUUUUUUUAGUUGUCAUGGCAAAAACAAGAGGUCGCAGUAUUCCAGUUGAUAUUCCCUCCACUUCUAAUUUACAUUUGAAUUCCAACACAAGAAAGAGAAGAGCUGAGGAAACUGACAAUGUACAACAAAGGUCUGUAAGAUUGAGAUCUACUUUUCAAACAAAAAGUAGACCUUCUCAAUUGAUCAAAAUGAUAAAGGGAUUCACUGAGAAACAAAAAAUCUCAGUGAGAGAGAUUGGUUUUGGUGGCCUUCUUAGUUUAAAGUUAUGUAGAAAUCCAUCUGCAAUGCUUGGUUGGCUUGUAGAUUGUUUUGAUCCCGGUAGUUGUAUGUUUUCAAUAGACUCUUUGAAGUGCUUUCCGAUUUCUGAACAUGAUGUAUAUGAUGUUUUUUGUCUACCUCUGAACCCAAACAAUGAUGUAGAAUUAGUUUCAAGGUGUGCGAACAAGUAUAAUCCUGAUUUUCCCUUGAAACAAGAAUUUAGAUCCUUUUUUGGUUUUGAAGAUACAAAUGCAGCAAUUCCUUUAGAAUUGCUUGAACGAAUGAUCCCUAAGAUGAUUGAUGGUGGGGAUGAGUUCAAGCAACUUUUUGUUUUGCAUGCUAUUUCUUCUUUCUUAGCCCCUACUCAAAACAGAACAAUAGACCUUAAGAUUGUAAAGUCCAUAGUAGAUCCGAAUAAGAUUAGUACUUUUAAUUGGUGUAAGUAUGUUCUUGAUCAGUUUUGUGACUCUGUUGUUAGAUAUCGUAAAAGAAAGUUACAAUUUUUUUCUAGAUGCAUUGUUUUGUUGGAAAUUAUUUAUUUUCAUCGUUUGAAAUUCAAGAAUAUCUCUUUGCCAUCCUCUUUACCUCUUAUCUCUCAUUGGACUGAUAAGGAUGUGUCAAAAAGAAUUAAGGAGGAAACAUCUGCUAAUCAUUUUGGCAGUGGUUUAAUUUUGAGUACAUAUCCUGUGAGUGAAACAAUGGUUUUUGAGUAUGGUCAAGCUGUUGGGUUAAAGGUGAACAACGUUGAUAUUGGACAACCAAGUGUAAAUGAAGAACCCUUCAGAGAUCAAACAGUGCAAGACGAUGAUAAAAUUGAGUUUCAGUUGCCGUUGAAUGCAAUGCGUAAUUCUGAUAUACGCCGAUUAGCUGAGGAUAAAAUAUGUGAGUUGCUGAUGCUCAUGAGGAGGGACACUCAAGUUGUCUCUGAGUUUUACAUGGAGAAAAUUAAAUUGUUCUUAGAACAAAAACGUUCAUUUUCUUCUCCUCCUGUCCCUUUUCCUGAUGUUCCUUCUACCUCAUCCACACCUUUUUCUGAAACCCAAAGUUUUUUUAUGAAUCCUACCGUGCUGAAUACAAUUGAUGAAAUAGUUGACACGGUUAAAUGGGUUUCCUCUAUUCCAAGGAUGGUGAAUGAGGUUUUUGUUGCUGAUGAGGGUAAUGUAGAUGUUGUUAAUGAUGUACUGGAUGAGGUUGAAUUGGAACAAGUUGUUAAUGAUGUGGCAAAUAAUGUCACUGUUUUUUAAAGCCAUGGUUAUGAGAAUGUAUUGA